AUGGGGAGUGCCUCGGCAGGCUUAGGGUCCAGGGUUAGGGACGUAGCACUCGACUCCGUAUCCGCGAGCCUGGUCAGUGACGCACUUCUCCCCCCACUCGCCCCAGCAACUACCGCCACAACACCCGCCUGCCAACUGGCUCUUGCCCACCCUUCUCAGGGGCCCCUAGGGGCUCCCACCGGAUCCCACCAGAUCCCACCAGAUCCCACCGGCCCUCCUAGGGCCUCACAGCCUCGCCCACGACCGCCACCAGCCGCGCCCCGUCCCAACCGCCUGACUAUGAAGCACACCAUUGGCACAAACGCGGGCACGCUACGCCACGCCAUGAUGCGGACACGCAGAGGAAGUGUUUUCCCCAGUGUCACCACCACGCACGGCAUGCCCCAGGCCACACCAUUGGUAUACCCCCCAGUCAGCUCCGUUGUUGCCAGGCAAAGGUCUUCCUUACACAUACCCACCGACAUCGAUUAG